UCCUUUUGGUCCUGUUUUUCAGCUGUGGUGUCUGUGGAUGGGCGGCCCGUGCGACUGCAGCUCUGUGACACGGCGGGACAGGACGAGUUCGACAGGCUGCGGCCCCUGUGCUACACCAACGCGGACAUCUUCCUGCUCUGCUUCAGCGUGGUCAGCCCCUCCUCCUUCCAGAACGUCACCGAGAAGUGGGUGCCCGAGAUCCGGCGCCACUGCCCCAAAGCCCCCAUCAUCCUCGUGGGCACGCAGUCGGACCUCCGGGAAGACAUCAAAGUCCCCAUCGAGCUGGACAAGUGCAAGGAGAAGCCGGUGCCCGAGGAGGCGGCCAAGCUGUGCGCGGAGGAGAUCAAAGCCGCCUCCUACAUCGAGUGCUCGGCCCUGACGCAGAAGAACCUCAAGGAGGUCUUCGACGCGGCCAUCGUGGCCGGCAUCCAGUACUCGGACACGCAGCAGCAGCAGCCAAAGAAGCCCAAGAGCAGGACUCCGGACAAAAUGAGGACUCUCUCCAAGUCCUGGUGGAAGAAGUACUGUUGCUUCGUAUGAUGCUGGCGAGACCCUGGGGAGGCCUGGAGAC